CGUGGACGGGACGCAAAACAUUCUGAAGCAGGGGAACUCCUCGAACCCUGCCACUCGGGGUACCCUUCUGUCGCUGUCUGUUGAUGUAAUCGGCUAUUGACGCUUCGACAUACAUCUUGUGGUUUAUUACGACUGACUGCACGUGUCACGGGCGCCGUCAAUCACCUCAGAACGAGCUAUGCCGAGCAAGAUGUCGAGUACUGCCAACACCAGGGUGAGCAUUGGCAGGGCCAGGGCCGCGCCGAGCGCACGAGCAACGGCGAGCAAGGUUACCAAGCGGAAGCAACAAAUAAAGAAGAAUCCUCCUGUCGGCUCGCUGCGUGAUUUCCCGUGUCGUCCAUGCGUAACUCGAGCCACAAAGGCCCCCGGCCACGAGUGCGCCUCACAGAACAAUACUGGUGCAGCGUGUUGGGACUGCGCGAAGAACGGCCAUACAUGUAAACCGGUUCCGCACGGUGCAGUUGCCGCCGUACGCACCUUUUGGCUGUUGAAUCGCCAGAUCAAAGAGACCGACGGCGACCCGGAUGACGCCUGGCGGGCAGCUGCGCAGCGCGCAGCGCAAGAGUUGCGGGCUUACAGCGUCGCACCACAUGUGCCUGCGCUACCUCCUGCGCUUGCUGCGGCUUCCCAUGGCGACGAUUCGGAAAGGAACUACAUGGAACGGAAAAUUCUAGCGCUGGAGACAAUAGCGGAGGCUGCUCGGCUAUGGAUCCCUGAUAGCGAGGACGAAAUCGUUGGCGAUGGUGAAGAAGCGGGAGAGGAGGAUGAUUAAUGGUGGCUCCGAUAGCGUAGACAGCUCCGUUGUGGCCCGAAUGACCGCUGCUGGUUCGCAGCUCUUCCGCUCUCGAAAUCGCGAUGGCCGCUCUUGCCAAAAUCCCAUCAGAUCUGCAGC